AUGGCUGCUUUGGUAGUGAAGAAGCAAGCGUGCAUCUUGAUAACGCUGCUGACUUAUCUCGUCAUCAUCAACGCCAUGAUGACGGCAGCUUCUGCAGGUGGCAGUACUGAUCAUGACCUCACCUCCGGCUUCGAAUCCCUCCCACUACGCAAGAAAAACAUCCGAAUCCUGAAGCCGUACGACAUUCCUUUGGAGCAGCGCUACAGCUUCAUCAAUGGCAUCCACAAGUGUUGGGUUUACUCCACCGACAAGCCUCACUCUCCCGCCAGCAAAACCCUGCCAAGAACCGAGAUUGGCAUCCAUGGCUAUGGUUACAGAUCGGGAGUGUGGCAAUUCGAAGGGUACGGCUACGUCCCCAAGGGCACGACGGGAGUGUGCAUAAUGCAGAUAUUCGGCGCCACCGCGCCACGUGCCUCGUCGGCCAUGGUGAGAGUCUACGACGGCAAGCUCAUGUUCUACCGGAGGAAGGUGCUCGCCGAGAACAUCUACGACAAGUGGUUCCGGUUGAACGUGAUUCACGACGUCGGAGCCUCCAAAGUUCAGAUCUACAUCGAUGGAGAGCUCAAGUUGGAAACCAAAGAUGGUGGGGGAGUUGUUCAUACCUUUAAAUGUGGCGUCUACGCACAGAACCAUGACUCCAAUUACAUGGAGUCACGAUGGAAGGAUCUCAAGGUUUUCAGGAAAUUGUGA